GACCUCACUCUACGUCACAGCUGAGCUACACGAGCUCCCGUCAUGGUGCCGAGGCUGGAGCGCGAGUUCCUGCUCCCCAACUCCGAGCAGGAGAACUCCCUCUUCCUCCGCGCCCUCAUCUCCGUCGUCUCCGGCGACGCCGUCGUCCCUACGCUGCACAUCGAGCCGUUGACGCUGCCAUUUGCCGUUGCCGCUCCCGCUGCGGCGUGCGCAAGGUGCGUCGUGGACGGGUGCCUCGGCUGCGACGUCGUCGCCACGACCGGCUCGAGCAGCGAGGGUGCAGAGUUCACCGCCGCGAGCUUUGUGAAGGAUGGUGGCGUGCGGAAGCGGCGCGCAAGGAAGGGAGGCAAGUUCAGAGGCGUGCGGCAGCGGCCGUGGGCCGGCAAGUGGGCGGCGGAGAUCCGCGACCCGCACCGCGCCGUGCGCAAGUGGCUCGACACCUUCGACAACGCCGCCCAGGCCGCGCGCGCCUACGACGUCGUGGCGCUCGAGUUCCGCGGCCACCGCGCCAAGCUCAACUUCCCUGUCGCCGAAGCGUCUUCAACAGCGUCGGCCUCUUCUUGAUACUAGCACGGAGCCAAGGACAAGAGAUCAGUGUGACUGAAAGUGCUACUAGCACGGAGCUAA